AUGGGCGAUGAAUGUAGUGAGGCCGAAUCGAACGGCGGAUUGCCGCACUAUAGUGGCGAUGGAUGUAGCAAGGCCGGUUCGAACGGCGGAGUGCCGCACUGCGGUGGCGAUGGACGAAGCGAGGCCGAUUCGAACGGCGGAGUGCCGCUCUGCGGUGGCGAUGGGCGUCGGAAGGCCGAUUUCAACGGCGGAGUGCCGCCCUGCGGUGGCGAUGGACGGAGCGAGGCCGAUUCGAACGGCGGAGUGCCGCUCUGCGGUGGCGAUGGGCGUCGGAAGGCCGAUUUCAACGGCGGAGUGCCGCCCUGCGGUGGCGAUGGACGGAGCGAGGCCGAUUCGAACGGCGGAGUGCCGCUCUGCGGUGGCGAUGGACGGAGCGAGGCCGAUUCGAACGGCGGAGUGCCGCUCUGCGGUGGCGAUGGGCGUCGGAAGGCCGAUUUCAACGGCGGAGUGCCGCCCUGCGGUGGCGAUGGACGGAGCGAGGCCGAUUCGAACGGCGGAGUGCCGCUCUGCGGUGGCGAUGGACGGAGCGAGGCCGAUUCGAACGGCGGAGUGCCGCUCUGCGGUGGCGAUGGGCGUCGGAAGGCCGAUUUCAACGGCGGAGUGCCGCCCUGCGGUGGCUAUGGACGGAGCGAGGCCGAUUCGAACGGCGGAGUGCCGCUCUGCGGUGGCGAUGGACGGAGCGAGGCCGAUUCGAACGGCGGAGUGCCGCUCUGCGGUGGCGAUGGGCGUCGGAAGGCCGAUUUGAACGGCGGAGUGCCGCCCUGCGGUGGUGAUGAACGCAGCAAGGCCGAAUCGAACGGCAGAGUGGAUGAAGAUGGCGCUCGUCUUCGCCGAAGUCGAUUCCAAAAUGGCCGCCGAGGUGGCUUUCUGUACCCACGGCGUUCCGUGUUGCCCCCUUUUGACUCUCGAAUCGGGCUCUAG